CGCAGUGUAAAAUCAACGCCAGCAGGUUGACGAUAGCGUAGCUUAGCUUAGCGUAGCAUAGGUUAGCUUAGCAUAGUACAGUUUAGUGUGUUAGUGUGUAAAUGUCAUUUCGUAAAUUAAGCCGAGUUGUUUAUUUGUCACUUGAGUUUUUAUUGACUGGAAAAAUAUAAAUGUACACAUUGUCAGCUUAUAAACUUCAUUAUAUCUGCGACGCUAGCUUAGCCAGUAAUGCUACAUAGCAAAACUAGCCAGUGAGUCGCACAGCUUACUGCGUUGCUAUGGCAUCCGAAGGGAUAAAAUGAGGAAGAUCAUCGUAGAUAAUUUGGAUAAAGCUUUUGAGGAGUAAAGCUGGAGGCGCAAGUCAGGCACUGCACGCGCAUGAUCCAGUCCUGAUCUCCAGGAAAUCUCAUCAUCCUGCGUCUCCGUCCUCGUGGCGCAGAGUGAUGACAUCACAGCGGCAAAGACAUGCCACCCGUGCUCUUCCCACUCAGAACUCUUCCUCGAGGAGCUCGAGUUCACGCUCAGGACCCUCACACGUGCAGGCCACAUCGUCUUCCUCUCGUUCUCUCCACACGUGGCCGGAGGAGGCGGUGGACGAUGCGUACGGUCUAUACUCGCUCCACCGCAUGUUCGACAUCGUCGGGACUCACCUCACACGCCGCGACGUGCGCGUCCUGUCCUUCCUUUUUGUGGACGUCAUUGACGAGUACGAGCGCGGCGGGAUACGGGACGGGAGAGACUUCCUGCUGGCGCUGGAGAGACAGGGACGCUGUGAUGAGACGAACUUCCGGCACCUUAUGCAGCUGCUGCGCAUCAUCACCAGACAUGACCUUCUGCCUUACGUAACACUGCGCAAGAGACAGACAGUGUGUCCAGACCCAGUGGAUCAGUAUUUAGAGGAAACGUCUGUGCGAUACAUUUUUCCCAGAGGAAGCAGAACAGAGAGUCCACAGGUCACACCACACAGAUGCACAGGGCCACAACCUGUGAUUCGCUGCCCGUCUCCAGAGGUGUGCCAGCCCCGCCCCAAACCGGCCACGCCCACUGCGAACAGAAAGAGGAAGAGAGCUCACAGUGUGGUGGACUGCCGGGAGAAACAGACCUGCGAUAUCCGUCUGCGCGUACGAGCGGAGUACUGCCAGCAUGACUCGGCUCUACAAGGCAACGUCUUCUCCAACAAGCAGGAGGCGCUGGAGCGCCAGUUCGAGCGCUUCAACCAGGCCAACACCAUCCUGAAAUCGCGCGACCUCGGAUCCAUCAUCUGCGACAUCAAGUUCUCCGAGCUCACCUACCUGGACGCGUUCUGGCGCGACUACAUCAACGGCUCGCUGCUGGAGGCGCUGAAGGGAGUGUUCAUCACAGACUCGCUCAAGCAGGCCGUCGGCCACGAGGCCAUCAAACUGCUCGUCAACGUCGACGAGGAGGACUACCAGGCAGGCAGGAGGAAGCUCCUGAGGAACCUGAUGAUGGGGGGAGGGGUGGGUAUGGCGACAGGGGCAGGUCUUGGGUUCGGGCCCGGAUCGGGAUCGGGAUCGGGAUCAGGAUUGGCUAGCCAGGGAGCGGGGACUUCAUAAUGGCCAAGUGGAACUUUGACUGUAAGCUUGAUGUGUCGUGGAAUGUGGGCGGAGCCAAGCCGAGUAACGAGGACCUGGUGAACAGUUAACAGAGAAAGGAAGGAGAGAGACGGACCGAGCGCGGCUGGGAAAGAGGAUAUAAAAGCUUCUUCGAUGAUAAUGUUAUUAGUAAUAAUAAUUAUAAUAACAACUAGGAGUGAAGAACAUCAUGAACGUUGUAUCGUGGUCUUCGAUUUGUUGUCAACGUGCCAACUAAAUAAGCACUAAAGAGCUUUUAAACAGAA